AUGAAGAUAGUUUAUUUUGAUAAUAUUGAUGAUCCCAGUGACAAAGAUGACAAUGGGGGACUAAUGGAUAAUGGCUUGUAUGAGGAUGAUGAUGAUGGAAUUGUGGAAUUGAGGAGAACAAUUUCUGCAACUCAUGUGUUCACUGAGGAGUUUGAUAGUCCCAUACCAAUAUGUGGUUUACAUGCCCGAGAAGUGAAGUCAAUUGGGUCUGCAAGAGGUAGGCGUGGUUAUGUUCAUGUCGUGUUGAACCCAGUAGAAAAUCUUAGUCAGUGGAGAGUUCUUAAAGCUAAAGGGGUACCUCCAUUGAGAAUUGAGAAAGAGAACUUUGUUUCAAAUCAAGAACCCCAUGUUCCCUUCAGUCCAGAGCCAAGUGUAAAGGAAUUUUCAUUCAGUUUGAAGUCGAAAGGUGAUCAAGCUAAUAAGUCAAACCAGAAAACACCAAGGAGUUCUUUAAGUCGAUGCCUUGAUGAGAUGUCCAUAAUAGGCACUGCUGGGACCUACUGGAAGCACAUUGUCCCUUCCUUUGUAGGAAGAGAAAAGGCACAUAGUUAUAUGGUUGUGCAAGAUAAGAUAAUGAAUCAAUUGGAAGAGGUGAAGCCAAUUAUGUCUAACCCAUAUGCUCGAGAUAGGAGUGCUUCUCAUAAUCCUCUACUGAUGCCAGUUAAAAAUCUUGCUCAGUGGAAAGCUCUUAAAGCUAAAGGGGCAUUGGAAUUUUGA